UGUAAACUUCCGGCCAAAUAGUUUGAAAAUGGACGAAAAGAAGUGAAAUUUUUGGAGUUUCGUGACAAAUAUUCUCUUUUUUUCAAAAGAUUGAAUUCCAAGGUUGAUUUAUAAAAGUACUUUAAAACUAAUAAUGGCGGUCUAUUUUGACCACCGCCUGGAUACAGAGCGCUCUGGGAUCAACACAGAUGUAUCAUGGUUCAGUGGAAAUCCUAUGCUUGCUGUGACAUCAUAUAGUGAUGAAACAGGAGGAGCCGUCAACCUUUUCCUUGAUGAGGGAGAGAGAUUACUGAAUGUUAAGUUACAAAGAAGCUGCCAGGUAACAUCAUCGUCAUGGCACCCAACAAAAAAGAUAAUUGCUGUUGGCUUUGAGAAUGGUGAAUUACUGAUAUGGAAUGCUGUAGACUGUGAGUUAUUUGAAGGUUUACCUCUACAUAAACAUGCUAUAACAGUACUUCACUGGAGCUCCAAUGGAUCAAGGUUAAUCUCUGGUGACAAGUCAGGUGUUGUUAUGGUAUGGAAGUCUGAUGGUAAAGGGAGGUUACAACAGAAUCCUCUACAUCAACAUCAUUGUCAAGAACCACUGUCACAGAUCAUCUUUAAACCUCAACCACCACCGGAUCCUUCCACGGAUAUCAAUCAGCUGGCAAAGGCAGCUGUGAGAGGAGAUGAAUCUGCACUUGAUAUGUUUAACUGGAAGAAGGGAAAAUCGGCGGGCAAGGACCCACUAUUUAGUUCACAGGAAGCCCUCUCUUUCUUUAUUGGUGGAGCUAGUGGUGGUGUAUACUUUGUGAGUGAGGGUGGGCAGUGUAGCCAGGCAUUUAAAGCAGACGGUCCUAUAUUGAAACUACUGUAUUAUGAGGAGAAGAACAUACUGAUUACAGUGACAGAAGGUUUAUCAUUGUUCCAGCAUGCUGUAAUGCCGGAAGGUGACACAAAGGAAAUGAUGAAGGUAAAAUUAAGUGGAAGGGGAGACAAGCCUGUGAUUGACUGGGCGGGGAAAGGAAUAUUAGCUACAUCUACUGGUGAAGGAGUUAUCAGGAUGUGGGAGCUGGAGAAUGAGGAGAAUUAUAUACUACAUCUUGAUGGUCACAGUGGAUAUGAUCCUAAUGAAAACAUUACAUGUUUAGCUUUCUCUGAAAAGAAAGGUACUCUGGCAGGUGGUACAAAUAUGGGGAAUGUAGCCUUGUGGAAAUAUACACCACCUGUAGGUAAUAAGAAAGUUGAUGGUGAACAGAAAUGGAAACUACAGACUCCAGCUACAGUGGAAGGUCCAGUUUCACAAGUUACUUGGGGUUCAACAAAAGAUUUGCUUGCUGUGAACACUAUAGCUCAUGUGUUCAUGUUGAAUGAACAUGUGAUGAGUGCUAACUUCAGAGAUCAGACUGCUGUAGUACAGUUUGGUCCUAGUUCACUCUCUAUUGAGGUGUUCUCUAAUGGAACACAUCAUGAUCUUAAAACAGAUAUACAAGUCAAAGGAAUAUACACAACAAAGGAUGCUCUAGCGGUAUGGAAUGGUAGACGUGUAAUUCUAUAUGAAUAUUCAGAGGAUAAGUCAACUAUAAAGGCCUCUGGUAGCUUCACAACAGAUUCUAUGAUAAUAUGUAUAUAUGAACAAAAUGUGUACAGUAUAGAGAUGCAGAAAGUUCAAGUUAGAACAUUCCAGGGUACAGUAAAACAGUCCAUAAACUUCAGUGAGGUAGAAGGACAGCCUGUAUGUUUAGAUAUAUGUGGAACCUACCUGUUGAUAGGCACUGACAUAGGCAUACUGAAGGUUUUUGAUUUGUCAAGAAGAGAAGCUAAGCCACACAGUCACCCAAAGAAUCUACAUGAGCUGGUUCCUGGUUUUGGAAGUUUAUUGGCAUGUAAAGUAAACUGUAACGGUACCAAAGUCAGUGCUGCUAUCAAAAUGCAAGGUGGUACUCAGACAGAUCCCAAGUUGUAUUUCUGGGAUAUAGAGACGGAUUCUCUGUCAUAUUUUAACUUUGAGACGGGUAAAGGAGAGCAGGAUGAUUAUCCACCAGAACAGAUGGUCGGUAUGCAGUCCGGUAGUGCUAUAGAAAUGAGUGAUGCUGAUAGAGGUAAGGAUCAAGCUGCUAAGGAUAUUGCUGGUCGUUUUCCUAUCACCCAUCACUGGGACGCUCAUGAUCCAAAGUUAGUCGUGUGCGAGGCUCGCAUUCUCCCCAGGACAGACAGUAAAGAAGAGAAAAAACUGAAAGCCACGCUAACCAAACAAAUAGAGGAGGGUCCUGUGGAGGUAAUGGUAGUAUCACUGUUCUGUACACCAGAGAAUGGUAUACUUAUACAAGACAGCUUCCCGCUAAGUGAUGACUACAACUGUCUACUUGGUAUUGAAGUUCCUUAUCACUACUUUGUUAGAAAGAAUGAAACUAGUGAAGAUGAAAAUGCUAACCAGGAGUCCGGUCAUCUUGUAAGACCGGACACAGCAACUGUGAUAUACCCUAAACUUGUGUCACGUUCAACCAUGCGUGACUUUGUCGGUCUCGAGAAAAGCGAUAAACAGACACGGGAGGCCAUGUUGAAUUUCAGUUAUUAUCUGACCAUAGGCAACAUGGACGAGGCUUUCAAAGCAAUUAAACUGAUUAAAAGUGAGUCAGUAUGGGAGAAUAUGGCCAAGAUGUGUGUCAAGUCUAGGAGACUGGAUGUAGCCAGUGUAUGCCUGGGAAAUAUGGGGCAUGCUCGGGGAGCUAAAGCCCUGAGAGAAGCUCUUAAAGAACCAGAAUUAGACGCUAAAGUUGCCACUUUAGCAAUGCAGUUAGGCCUUUUUGAUGAUGCAGAAAGAUUACUUAGGAAUUGUAAAAGAUAUGACUUGCUGAAUGAAUAUUAUCAGAAUGCAGGCCAGUGGGGAAAGGCAAUGGAAACAGCGGAGAUGUAUGACAGGAUUCAUUUACGUACCACAUACUACAGCUACGCUAAACAUCUUGAAGCCAACGGAGAAAUGACAGAGGCUAUACCAAAUUAUGAGAAAUCGGACACACAUAGAUUUGAAGUACCCAGAAUGCUCUUUGAUGAACCUGAUGCUUUAGAACAGUAUAUACUCAAACAUAAAGAUAAAUCCUUGCAUAAAUGGUGGGCCCAGUACAUGGAGAGUUUGGGUGAAAUGGACACAGCAUUACAGUUUUAUGAAAUGGCCAGGGAUUAUUUGUCUCUGGUGCGAGUCUACUGUUACUGUGGCAAUAUGGACAAGGCAUCAGAGAUAUGUAAUGAGACAGGGGAUAAAGCAGGAUGUUAUCAUUUAGCUCGUCAACUAGAAAACCAGGACCAUAUCAAGGAGGCCAUACAUUUCUUCCAGAGGGCAGAGGCUUUCGGAAAUGCCAUUAGGUUGUGCAAGGAACACAGUUAUGAAGAUCAGAUGAUGAACCUGGCGUUGAUGGGACGACCGGAGGAUAUGAUGGAGGCAGCGAGGUACUACGAGGAUAAACCAGGACAACAGGAUAAAGCUGUCAUGUUGUAUCAUAAGGCUGGUAAUUUCUCACGAGCCUUGGACCUGUCGUUCCGUGCUAAGCAGUUUGGUGCUCUACAGAUGAUAUCUGGCGACCUUGACGAGAGAGCUGACCCUGAGUUGUUACAGAGAUGUGCAGACUUUUUCCUCGAAAAUGGACAGUUUGAUAAGGCUGUUGAUCUUCUUGGCAUUGGCAAAAAGUAUUGGGAGGCACUUAAAAUAUGCAUGGACCAGCAUGUGGAGGUUACAGAAGAUCUGGCGGAGAAGUUGACACCUACAAAGGAGGAGCUAGGUGGAGACACCAUGGAGAGGGUGAAGAUACUGGAGGCUAUAGCAGAAGUUUGCAUGCACCAGGGACAGUAUCAUCUAGCCACCAAGAAGUUCACUCAGGCCGGAAAUAAAAUGAAGGCAAUGAAGGCAUUAUUAAAAUCUGGUGAUACUGAGAAAAUCAUCUUCUUUGCUGGUGUAUCCAGACAAAAAGAAAUCUAUGUCAUGGCGGCAAAUUACCUACAAUCUCUAGAUUGGAGGAAAGAUCCCGAGGUCAUGAAAAAUAUCAUAGGUUUCUAUACCAAAGGUCGGGCAUUAGACGCUCUGGCAUCAUUCUAUGAUGCCUGUGCUCAGGUGGAAAUUGAUGAGUAUCAAAAUUAUGACAAGGCCCUUGGUGCGCUGGGCGAGGCAUUUAAAUGUCUUAGCAAGGCCAAGAUGACAGACGAAGCUCUACAAGAAGAGAGAUUAGGUCAACUGAAGAAUAAAAUCACACUUAUAAAGAAAUUUGUGAAUGCAAGAAGGAUAUAUGACGAAGAUUCAGAGGAGGCUAUUAAACAGUGUCAGGUACUUCUAGAGGAACCAGAUCUUGACAGUGGAGUGAGAAUAGGCGAUGUUUAUGGCUUUAUUAUUGAACAUUAUGCCAGGAAAGAGCGCUGGAAGGCUGCCUAUAAUGCUAUGGAUGAGAUGAAGGGUAGAAUAUCAGGUGUGAACAUGUCUUACUAUGUGAAUAUGCGAACAAUACAAGCUGUUCAUCAAGCUUUGGAUAUACCACUUAGUAACACGAUAAAUGCCGGCCAGAUGAACGGGUACCGGUCGGCAGGUCACGAGGAUGAAGAUGGAGACAUGGUGGAGGAGGAUGUUCCCAUGUAUAAUGAUGAUCUUUGAUAAUGGGAGAUUGCGUCUGUGAUAAACAUUUAAAUUUGAUAAGAAUGUGAAAAAAAAAUGAAAAUCAUUUAUCUUGUCAUAAAUUGUGAGCAAGAUUUUGUUUUGGAAAAAAAAGCUUAUUAAAUGUUUGAGCUUUUUUACGACAUGCUGAAAUUUUAAUGAUGCUAAAAAUCAGUUUAUGAGAUGUAGGUGGAGUGUUGUUUUUUUUUAAAAGAGAAAAAACAACAACAUUUUUAUACAUUAACUUUUUUUGAAGUUUGAUCACCAAACAAAGGUGAAACAAAGGGAGUAUCUUACACUAUAAGAUGUCAUUAAAGUUUUUAUGCCAACGUUUCAUGGUAGGGAAACUUUAAAUUACAUAUUAGUAAGACUUUUCAGAGGAGAUAGCCAUUGUUGAAAAAUUAGGACAAACAAGCAUAUCAUGGGUAAUUUUGUAUGUAUGUAUGAACAUUGGUUUUCUACAUGGCUCGAGGUAUUGGUAAAUGAGUUUAAAUGAGUUAAGAGUUUCUUGUAUUCAUCUGCAUUUAGGUAUGGUUAUGAAAUAGUAUUUGGUUCUUAAGUUUUUGUACAUUUAUUGAAUUUUGAUGAGAUAUGGUUUAUUUUUUGUUAAUUUAAAACUAUUUUUCAAAUUUUUGAAAUGAAGGGAGGUAACCUUGUUAACUCUGGCAAGAAUGGCAUGUCAAGGGCAACAGGCUAGGCCAGGCAGCACUUUUAUUUCAAAGUAACUAUAUGAAAAGAAAAUAGGCUGGACAUGUUUAAUAUACAAAAUAAGUAGUUUAUUGGUUUAAUCUUGGAAGCCUUGGAAUUUUAAGCACCCAGACCUUAAAGGUCCAUUAAAGCCCCAAAAAAAUGCUGUCGUUUUUAUUCCUCAAAAGCAUUUCUUCUUUGGUAAUCGUUAAAAUUAUAGUGAUUAAAUAUUUUGUAUUGAUACAAAAAUACUUCUUUGUUUAUAUUUUGCUAUCUUUAUGAGAUAUUGCAUGUUCAGGGCUAAUUUCUUCAGUUGUUUGACUUCAAAAUUCUCUUAAGUCAUUAUUUAAGACAUUAUCUACCACAUGAUUGACCUUUCUAAAGAAUUAAUAUAUUUGUAAUUUCUGAGGCAUGAUGGGCCUUUAAUCCUAAAAUUGUAAAAUGUUAAGGAUGUAUUGUCAUUUUCCAUUCAAUUUGAGAACAAAAGUGACGGAACUAGUCGAAUUUAUAAAAAUCAAUAGUGCAUGGAGUCCCUCUCCAAGCAUAAAUAGGUAGACUUCCUUUUAAACAACACAACUGUCAUUUAGAAAUUAUAAACAUGAAUGUCCUUCAGAAAAUUAUUUUUUUCUAGAAAAUUUUGUAGUUUUGCAUUGCAUGCUCAAAGUGCAUUGAAAUCCAGAGACUUUGAUGUGAUAAAGUCCAGAACUUUAAAUUAAAUUGAUAACAUUGAUAAAAAUUUACAUUUUUUUCUUUUUUGUUGUUCAUAUAAAGGACUUUACACACUUUUUCAAAAUGAAAAUAUAGAAUAUUUUUGUUCUUUUGUCUCAAUUUUCAAUCUAGUCUUCUGUGCUGAAGUAACUGUUGCCAUUUUUUGUGCCCAGAAUGUAAUAGGAAAAGCAUGUUGAAUUAUAAGAUUAUACAUGUAUACAUGUUUCAUUAACAAUUAUGAUGACCCAGUAUUGUUGUAUAUAUGUGAUAUGUUAAAACCGGAAGCAUAUAUAUAUAUAUACAUUUAUGUAGUAGUUUACUUUGUUCUAUAUGCUAGCGUGUACAUGGAGAGAGUUCUGGCAUACACCCUGUAAACCCCUUUACUAUUUAUUGAUUUUUUUUUAUAAUGUGAGUCAUUCUACACAUGUCUGAAGGAGGAUGAAAUCAUGGUGCAAAUAGGUACCUUAACUUAUUGUAAAUUAAGUAUUUAUGAUGUUUGUGCUCUAAUAUAUAUGUUUUUUUUUAUUGUAACAUGAUUUAUGUAUACAUUUUUUUUUUUUAAUUUUCAAGUCCGUCCAUUGAAUACAUGAUGUGCUUUAUUUAUUGUUCUCUCAUACAACAACUAUGUUACAACCAUACAUAUCAUAUACACAACAUAUAUGUACCUUUAUGUGUCUGAAUCUCUUGGCAAUUUUUUUGCCGGAAAAAUGUUAGUUACUAUAGAAACGUUUUAUUGUUACUAUUUAUAGAACGCUAAGAUUGUUACUAUUUAUAGAAAAAUUGUGCUGAGGUUGUGCUAUGUGUUCUGUGCCUUAAUGGUUUCAACUUUGUUCUAAUUUCUGAUUUUUGUUAUCAUUUUAACUUUCGAUCAAGAAUAUUCAUGGGUAAGACAAUUUAUAUUAGUGAUUAUAGGUAAAUUGUUUGGUUAAAUGAAGGUUUAAAAAUGCUGUACUGUUUUUGUUGACCCUUUUGUUAUGUAAUAAUGACUUUAGUUUGGUGAUACUUCAUAUUUAAAUCUUACUCCGAAUCUGAGUCUCAGAUAAUCAUUGACAUAGAUUUCCGAGUUAAAUUGAGGGAACAGUUAUCUGGACAAUUAAAUAGGGUUAUAGGUCAAGGUCACAGGUGAAAAUUAUGAAUCCAGGUCUUGAAAUCUAGUGUUUUAAAGUUAAAUUAUAUGUAUGAAUUACAAGGAUUCACUUUGAUCAGGUUUGCAUAGGAGGUGACAAUUUGGGGCAAAUAUAAAACAAAAAUGGUUUUGAUAUAUUAUUUUUGUUAUCAUAUACCGUUAUAUAAUAUUAAAUACAAAAUGUCUGUGUAUGUUUUCUCCUAACAUGGUUUAAUUUUCCUUUUGUAGAUAUUCUUACAUUAUUUAUUUCUCUCAUCUGCCAUUUUAUAUGUUUUUUUUUGCGUAUCAUUGAUUUACUGUGUAUAAUUAAUCAUUACAACACAUUUCUGAUUGAGAGUUUUUUUUAUAUUCACACUAUGAUUUCUAGAAAUUCUAAGCUUAGUUUGUUA